AAGCAUUGUCGUUCUCUAGUUUUCUCCACAUCACUCCACUGUCUUCUUCUUGUUUAUCAACAUCCAGUUGUUCCUUAUGCAAGACCCUUCCAGACCCGCCACGGGCUACCCAGCCCAACCCUUCCACCACCCCAACGGCGGUCAACCACCGCCAUCCGUCGCCGCAUACCCUUACGCCGCUCCUCAGCCACAAUACUACUAUCCUCCUCCUCCGCGCUCCUCCUUCGCCUCUCGCUCCUUCUUCCGCGCCUUCUUCGCCACCAUGAUAUGCCUCGCCGUCAUCUUCGGCGUCAUCCUCAUCAUCACAUGGCUCGUCCUUCGCCCCUCUCUCCCCCACUUCACAAUCCACACCCUCUCCCUCACUAACCUCUCCACCACCGCCCAAUCCAUUUCCGCCACGUGGCACAUAUCUUUCCUCGUCCGUAACGGCAACAAGAAAAUGACCAUCACCUAUAACGCUCUCCGUUCCUCCGUUUUCUACCGCACUAACUACAUCGCCGAGUCCCAGCUCGCGCCUUUGAAACAGGACACUAAGUCUGAAACCACUCUCAACGCCACACUUUCUGCUGCCAGCGCGUACCUUGAACCGCGCGUAGUUGACGCCCUCAAUGGGGAAAGGUCGCGCGGUUCUGUUCUCUUCGACGUUCAGAUUGUGGCCCCCACUUCGUUUCGCUCCGGUUCGUGGAGGUUCAGGACUCGAGUUCUCAAGGUUCUGUGCCGGAAAGUUCCCGUCGGCGUUUCGUCGAAUGUUACUUCCGGCGAAUUGGUCGGCGGAGACAGGGAAUGCCAGGUGUGGACUUGAAUUAAAGAAUUCUGUUGCGGGUUCACCCGAAUUUGCUUCCGGGUGCCCGUUUUUUAAAACCCUAGGUUUGAAAAGGGAGGAAAUUGAUUUUAUAAAUCUAUCUAGUUAUUGAUGCUUUCAAUGGUUUUAUAUAUAUAUAUAUCUAUGCGAAUUGCUUUAGGUUUGAAUGGAAUUUUGUUAGUUAGUCUAUCACUGUAUAUAUAAUUUUUAUAGCUUAUUUUGUUUGCUUGCCUUUCGUUCU